GGGCAGGGGGCCAACAUGGAGAGGGGCGGGGCCGUCCGCUCGGGGCCGCCGCUGCGGCGGCUGCUGCUGCUGCUGCUUCUACCAGGGCUGGUGCUCUCGGGCUCCCCCUGGGGGUCGAGCACCUGGCACUGCAGCCUCUCCACGUCCUGCGAAUGCGAGUUCCGGCCGGAUUUAGCGGGUCUCGAGUGCGACUUGGCCCUCCGCCUGGUGGGGCAACCCUUGGCCAGGCGGCUCGUCGUCCGAGGCCUGCGGGAGUUCGUGCACAACCCCAACCCGGCAAAGCCGCUGGUCAUGUCCUUCCACGGCUGGACGGGCACGGGCAAGACCUUCCUCAGCUCCCUGCUGGCCCAGCACCUCUUCCAGGCGGGGCUCCGGACCCCCUACGUCCACCGGUUCUCCCCUGUGGCCCACUUUCCCCACGCCGAGCACAUCCAGCAGUACAAGAGCGAUCUCAGAAGCUGGAUCCAGGGGAAUCUGACCCAGUGCGGCCGAUCGCUUUUUCUCUUUGACGAGAUGGAUGACCUGCACCCGGGCUUGAUCGAUGUGAUCCUGCCGUUCCUGGGAUCUUCCUGGGUGGUGUUUGGAACCAAUUACAGAAAAGCCAUCUUCGUGUUUAUCAGCAAUACGGGGGCGGAACAGAUCAACCGAAUCACUUUGGACCUCUGGCGAGCCCGCAGAGAUUAUGAGGAGAUCAGCCUUCAGGACCUGGAAGCAUCGAUUCGGGAAGCCAUUUCUAAGAACCCCCACAACGGAUUCUGGAAAUCUGGAAUCGUUGAGCAAAACUUGAUUGACAUCUUCGUGCCCUUCCUCCCCCUAAAGCAGCACCACGUGAAGCAAUGUGUGGUCAACGAGAUGGCCAGCCAGGGCCUCCUCCCUCGCCCGGAGGUCGUGGAUGGCAUUGCAGGCAGCUUUUCCUACUUCCCCAAAGAGGAAAAAAUCUUCUCCUUGACCGGAUGCAAAACGGUGGCUUCCCGCAUCCCAUUCUUCCUAUCACCUCUUUAGAGGCGUUUUCUGCCUGGAAUGCAUCUUACGGUUUCUCUCAAAGACAAUUUGGGGGUCCUGAAAUGUUCGCCCAUGGAACAGCCUUUCCAGAGAACAAUGCUGACCUGAUUGAACGUUUUUUCCCCCUACAAUUGGCUGGAGUCCUGCAAUGCUGGGGCUUCUUGAAUUCAAAACAGAAAAUUCUGUGACGGAUCAAGAGGGAAUCUUGGCUGCUUUUAGAACACCUGGAUGUUUUACAGAUUCCUGCCUUAAGUGCUGUUGAAUUAACUGAUUUUCUGUGGAAUCUUAAAAUCCUACCUCUUUAUUCUGAGGCACACUUUGGAUCCAAUGAGCUGGAAGGUGCAAUUCUAAUUUGGGGGGUGGGAGGCGGGUUGCAGGGGAAUACCCUGUUGUAUAAACCAGAACUUGAUGAACUCAUAUUUGAGCUGUUGCUAAAUG